CUUCUACACCUAUUCCUGGUAGCGUCUUUCUCUUGGGCCGAUCAGCCAAUCUGCAAGCGCAGAGGAAAUACUGAGAACCCCCAGCUGUUUAAGGAUGGAGACAUCAUGUUGGGGGGCAUCUUUUCUCUCCACAGCAGCUGGAAUGACCGAAAGGAUACCUACGUGCACAAGCCGCCUCCACUGCAGUGCACCAGUUUGAAUUUUAGGGGAUUCCAGUUUGCCCAGGCUAUGCUCUUUGCCAUCGAGGAGAUAAACCACAGCACAGACCUGCUGCCCGGUCUCACUCUGGGCUAUAAAAUCUAUGACUCUUGCGGCUCCAUUUCUAGAGGGGUGAAGGUUGCACUGGCUUUGGCCAAUGGGGACUCGGACGGUCCUUUGGACGAGCCCUGCACCAGACCAGCCCAAGUUCAGGCUAUUGUGGGUGAGACGUCGUCCUCUCCUUGCAUGGCUAUAGCUACUGUAAUCGGACCCUUUCACAUCCCACUGAUCAGUCACUUUGCCACCUGUGCUUGCCUCAGCGAUAAAGUCAAAUACCCUUCUUUCCUCAGAACAAUACCUAGUGAUUACUACCAAAGUAGAGCCCUGGCAGAGCUAGUCAAGCACUUCGGGUGGACCUGGGUUGGAGCUAUUAACACCAAUGAUGAUUAUGGUAACAACGGAAUGGCCACAUUUACAGCGACUGCCCGGCAGCUCGGUAUCUGCCUGGAGUACUCAGUGUCUUUCUUUAGGACUGAUCCACCAGACAAAAUACAAAAGAUAAUAGAUGUCAUUAAGGGUUCCACUUCCAAAGUGAUUGUCGCGUUCCUCUCCCACAUGGACUUAGAUGUGCUGAUACCCCAAUUGUCUUAUCACAACCUGACCGGCUACCAGUGGGUUGGCACUGAAUCUUGGAUAUUUGAUUCCCAAACUGCCGCUAUGGAUCAGCAUCACAUCUUGGAUGGAGCCAUCGGCCUGUCUAUUCCCAAAGCACAUGUAUCGGGCAUGAGGGAGUUCAUAUUGGACGUCAAACCCCUCAAUUCAUCUGGUGAUGACACUUUCAAAACAUUCUGGGAGACAUUGUUCAACUGUCAGCUCAAACAAACAAACUCGUCCUCCCGGAGUCAGAGGAAGUGCAGUGAUUUUGAGGACCUGGGUAACAUUCACAACAGCUUCACUGAUAUGUCACUCAUGCCAAUAUUUAAUAAUGUCUAUAAAGCAGUGUACACUGUCGUCCACGCACUUCAUGGUAUUCUUGGUUGUAACACAACAUGUAACACAAAGGUGCAGCUAAAGCCAUUCACAAUUUUACACCACAUGAAGAAUAUUCGCUUCAUAACUAAGGAAGGAGAUGAAGUUUACUUCAAUGAGAAUGGAGACCCAACAGCCAAAUAUGAAAUCUUAAACUGGCAGCCCGGAGAAAAGGGGGUCGUUACAUUUGCCACAGUCGGUUUGUAUGACGCAUCUGCAGACAAACAGCUGACUUUGCAUAGUAAGUCUCUGGUUUGGGCACAGAACACCCACCAGGUGCCGAUGUCAGUUUGCAGUGAGAAGUGUCGCCCGGGGACACGCAAAGUUCUGCAGAAAGGAAGGCCUGUCUGCUGCUAUGACUGUGUGAGGUGUGCAGAGGGUGAAUAUAGCAACAUAACAGAUUCUGUCACAUGUGCGCGAUGUCCCUCUGAGUUCUGGCCAAACGAGAGAAGAAACGCCUGCUGGAAAAAAGAAGCAGAGUUCCUGUCUUACGAGGAGGUCAUGGGAGCGUUACUCACCGUGGCAUCUUUACUGGGCUCCUGCAUGACAGCGGCUGUAGCCUGGGUUUUCUUUAAGUACAGGAAAACGCCCAUCGUCAGGGCCAACAACUCGGAGCUGAGCUUCCUGUUGCUGUUCUCCUUGACAUUGUGCUUCCUGUGCUCUCUGACCUUCAUCGGCCCGCCCACCGAGUGGUCCUGCAUGCUGCGCCACACAGCUUUCGGCGUCACCUUCGUUCUUUGCAUCUCUUGCGUUCUGGGGAAGACCGUAGUGGUGCUGAUGGCCUUCCGGGCCACACUUCCUGACAGUCCCGUCAUGAAGUGGUUCGGGCCUCUCCAGCAGAGGCUUAGUGUGCUGGCGUUCACUCUUAUACAAGUCAUCAUAUGCAUCCUCUGGCUAACAAUGGCUCCUCCUUUUCCUUUGAAGAAUUUCAAGGAGUAUAAAGAUAAAAUCAUUUUGGAGUGCGCCGUGGGUUCAGCCGUGGGAUUCUGGGCUGUGCUCGGCUACAUCGGUCUUUUGGCCGUGUUGUGUUUCGUUCUUGCCUUUUUGGCGCGGAAGUUGCCCGAUAACUUUAAUGAAGCCAAAUUGAUUACCUUUAGCAUGUUGAUAUUUUCCGCCGUGUGGAUCACUUUCAUCCCCGCUUAUAUCAGCUCCCCUGGCAAGUUCAGUGUCACCGUGGAAAUAUUUGCGAUAUUGGCCUCCAGUUUUGGAUUGCUCAUUUGCAUAUUUGUUCCGAAAUGUUACAUAAUACUAAUGCGACCUGAGAAGAACACAAAAAAGAACAUGAUGAGUAAAGGGAGACUAAUGUAUAAAGCCGUGUUAUGUGUCGUGUGGCUGGCUGGCUGGCCUGGUCUGCACAGCUGCACCAUGUCGCCGUUGAGCCUCUUGGUUUUGGUCUUGCUGGCAGCGAAGAGGGGGGAGUGUGUGUGCAGAAUGCGAGGGUCGCCACACCUGCCCGAGCUGGAGCAACAUGGGGAUCUUGUGAUUGGAGGAAUUUUUUCGUUCCGCACGGGGCAGGAUUAUGCAGUUAACACAUUCCAGGUCCUUCCAGAGGUGCGAAGGUGUAAAAACUUCAACUUUCGGGAAUUUAAAUUCUCUCAGGCGAUGAUAUUCGCUAUCGAUGAGAUCAAUAAGAACCCUGAUAUGCUACCUGACAUCAAACUGGGUUACAAGAUAUACGACGGCUGUGGGACUAUUGAUAUUCUGAGAGCUGCACUGGCACUGGUGAGUGGACUCGAGAGAGAAAUCCACGAUGAAAACUGUACCAAAGUAGAGACGGUACAAGCUAUCCUGGGUCAUUCAGGUUCCAGACCAACCAUUGCAUUUGCACCAAUACUCGGACGCUUCAAUGUUCCGGUGGUUAGCCAUUUUGCCACAUGUGCCUGUCUCAGCAACAGAAAAGACUACCCAACUUUUUUCAGAACCAUUCCCAGUGACUACUAUCAGAGUCGAGCUUUAGCAAAGCUGGUCAAGCACCUGGGUUGGACGUGGAUCGGAGCCAUAGCUGUGGACAACGAGUAUGGCCUCAAUGGCAUUGCUGCAUUCAUACAGGCUGCACAAGAAUAUGGAGUGUGCAUUGAGUAUUCAGAUGCCUUCUCAUCCUCUGGUCCACCUAAUGAUCUGCAGAGGGUAACAGACACAAUUCAAAGUGCUACUUCCAAAGUGAUUAUGGCCUUUGUGAGUCAUCGAGAAAUCAAAUUGCUGGCAAAGGAGCUGUUCAGACGUAACGUUACAGGUCUGCAGUGGGUCGGCAGUGAUGCCUGGAUCACCGAUCACUUCCUGUCUGAAAGCGAGGGCCACGGCGUCCUUGCGGGCUCACUGGGCUUCACCGUCAGCAGAGCUGAGAUCCCCGGGCUGGAGGAGCACCUGAGAGGGCUCCACCCCUCUCAGUUCCCGCACAGCCGGUUUGUGCAAGACUUUUGGGAGAAGACGUUUGACUGCUCGCUAACUGCAAUGGCAAACGGCCUACGGAAGCCCUGCAGCGGCCACGAGAGCCUGCGAGACGUCCAGUCACAAUACACCAGCGUGUCCGAGCUGAGGUUCACCAACAAUGUCUACAAGUCCGUCUACUCGGUGGCCCACGCCCUAAACGACCUAUUCAGGUGUGAAGAAGGAAAAGGGCCCUUUUCCAAUGGGAGUUGUGCUGAUACUGCACACAUUGAGCCAUGGCAGGUCCUGCAGUAUCUCGGCAAGGUCAACUUCACCACUCGAGGAGGGGAAAGAGUUUAUUUUGACAGCAAUGGUGACUCACCGGCAAAAUACGAGCUGGUCAACUUACAAAUGAAAAGCGGAGGAAUGAUGGAGGGAGUAACAGUGGGCAUUUAUGACGCUUCUCUGGCAGAGAGCCAUCAGUUUAUCAUGAGCAACAUUCCAGUGGUCUGGGGGAACGGACACUCCAAGGUGCCCGUGUCAGUGUGCAGUGAGAGUUGUCUUCCAGGAACCCGCCAAGUCCUUCAAAAAGGGCGCCCGGUGUGUUGCUACGACUGCAUUAUCUGCCCCGCAGGAGAGAUCAGUAAUGUAACAGAUUCUCUACACUGCAUGAAAUGUCCAUCGGACUUCUGGUCCAACAAACACAGAGACGCCUGCAUCCCAAAGAAAAUAGAGUUCUUGACCUAUGAAGAAAUACUGGGAACUCUUUUAGCCUUGUUCUCUUUGCUAGGAGUGUUCCUGACCACGAUAGCGACGUUAGUCUUCUACUGCCACAAAGAAACGCCGCUCGUACGAGCAAACAACUCCGAGCUGAGCUUCCUGCUGCUCUUCUCCUUGACCCUGUGCUUUCUGUGCUCUCUGACCUUCCUCGGCCGACCCACCGAGUGGUCCUGCAUGCUGCGCCACACAGCCUUCGGCAUCACCUUCGUGCUGUGCAUCUCAUGUGUUCUAGGGAAAACGAUACUGGUCUUGUUAGCCUUUAAAGCCUCACUUCCAGGCAGUAAUCUAAUGAAGUGGUUUGGACCCACACAGCAGAGACUCUGUGUUGCGGCAUUCACUCUGGUACAGGUGGUCAUAUGCAUACUUUGGUUAACCAUCAGCCCUCCUUUGCCAUUCAAGAACAUGUUACUUUACAGAGACCGAAUCAUCUUAGAGUGCCACCUCGGCUCUGCUUUGGGCUUCUGGGCAGUUCUGGGCUACAUAGGAGUCCUGGCCGUGUUAUGUUUCCUAAUUGCUUUUUUAGCUCGAAAACUACCAGAUAAUUUCAAUGAAGCGAAAUUCAUCACUUUCAGUAUGUUGAUAUUCUGUGCCGUCUGGAUCGCCUUCAUCCCGGCUUAUGUGAGCUCUCCUGGCAAGUUCACCGUCGCUGCGGAGAUAUUUGCCAUCCUGGCCUCUAGUUACGGGCUGCUUGUUUGCAUUUUUAUGCCAAAAUGCUUUAUAAUACUGUUUAAGCCUGAGAAAAACACUAAGAAGCACAUCAUGGGAAAGUCAAAUAAUUAA